UAUAUAAAUAUCAUUGAGGUUAUGGAAAACAAAGUAUAAUUUACAAUUUAAUGUACGAUAAAAGUUCUAAGUAAAAAACUUAAAUAAAUAAUAUUAAAUGUGCUCAUUGAUAUAUUCUUAAAAGCAUGUCGUGGUUUACGAAUACAAUACGUACAACUAUCAACAUUUGGGUUCCACAAGUAAUGCCUGUUAGAUUUCGCUAUCAUGCAGACAAGAUAGCUAGAGGUCCACUUGUGAGGCGUUAUGGCUACGAAGAUCCUAUAGAUAUGAGAGGACUACUACCUCGCAAUAGUGAUAAGAAAUUACCCAUGCCAAUAUAUAGACCAAAGGAUGCUUGGACUGAAAGGAGAGCAUUGUUUGGUCAAAAUGAUUAUAUAGAUAUUUUGGGUUCAGACAAAAUUCAUCCUACUAGAAUCUUAUAUAAUGUACCAUCUUGGCUAAGAGGCGUAAGUGGAAACGAAUAUCAGGUUCUACUGAGAAAACAGAAAAUGUUGAAGCGUGGUGUACUUCCAAUAGCAAGACCAACUAAAUGGAAAGAAUUACAGAAAAGACUAAAACAUUUAUACAUAUAUUUAAACAGAAAGACUAAAACUUACAGCUCACCACAGUAAUGUAUAUCAAAGUCAGAAAAUAUAAUUAUAUACUGCAGCAAGACUAA